UGCUGAGUGUCUGCACUGGGAACAUGCAACCCUGCUGUGAACAUGAAGACACAGGCUUGCUGCUCCAGGCAGUGCCUGAGGAACAGAAUUAUGGAGCUGCUGCAGCAGAUGGGACACAGUGUUCAUCAGAGUCUGUGUCCAGAAACAGUCCAGCAAAGAGGGAUUGGCUAGUAGUUGCUGUACUGUGCUUUGGGAAUUUAAUAAAUUUCAUGGAUUGGUUCAUUGUGCCAGGGAUCCUGUUGGAUAUACAGAAAUAUUUUGGGCUUAGCGAUGGGAAGACAGGUCUSCUGCAAACAGUCUUCACCUUGUGUUACAUGCUGGCUGCCCCCAUCUUUGGAUACCUUGGAGACCGCUACAACAGGAAAAUCAUCCUUGGAGCUGGGAUUUUCUUCUGGUCUGGUGUAACCUUAGGAAGUUCAUUCAUCACUGAGUCGUAUUACAGGAUAUUUGUUCUUUCACGAGGACUGGUUGGCAUUGGCUCUGCCAGUUACUCCACUAUAGCACCUACCAUCAUUGCAGACCUGUUUGAGGAAGGAAAAAGGACCACAGUGUUAUCUAUCUUCUACAUCUUCAUUCCAGUGGGAAGUGGCUGUGGUUAUAUGCUGGCAGCUGGCAUGGCAAAAAGCACAGGUGACUGGCAUUGGGCAUUCAGGGUAACUCCUUGUAUGGGAGGUCUGGCACUGCUUCUCCUGAUUCUACUGGUCCCUCACAGGAUCCAGAGGAAGACAGCUGCACACAGAGCUCUGAGCAUCUCUGGCACAAUACAAAGAGCCGAUGAGAAGCCAGAUGUACACAGAACUGCCAGAACUACUUGGUGUCAAGAUGUGGGGUCACUUGCCAAGAACUGUAGUUUUGUCUGUUCCUCACUGGGUCUGACUGCCAUGGCCUUUAUCACUGGAGCCCUGGGAAUGUGGGUGCCACUGUUUCUGUACAGGGCUCAGGUUGUCCAGGGCAUUGUCCCACCAUGUCUCCAAGAGUCAUGCAAUUCAUCUAACAGCCUAAUAUUUGGAGGCAUCACCAUUGGGACAGGAAUCUUGGGUGUUAUUGCUGGAGCAGAAGCCGCAAGACGAUUAAGGAAGAUAAACAACAAAGCUGAUCCUCUGAUCUGUGCCACAAGCAUGUUCAUUUCUGCCUUGUGCCUCUACAUAGCUCUGAUGGUGGCCCAGACAAACAUCCUUUCCACUUUUAUUUUUAUUGCAUUUGGAGAACUGUUUUUGUCUGUAAACUGGGCUGUUGUCACAGACAUACUGCUGUACGUGGUGACACCAAGGCGACAGUCCACAGCCAUUGCCCUGCAGAUUUUGGUGAGCCAUUUGCUGGGAGAUGCAGGCAGCCCAUACCUCAUCGGGGUUAUCUCCAAUGCUAUCCAGGCCAAGAACACCCCAUCAUUGCAGUGGAGUUUCUGGAGCAUGCAGUACAGCUUCAUCAUCUGUACUUUUGUUGGGGUCUUUGGAGGAGGCUUUUUCCUCCUGACAUCUUUCUGUAUCGAGGAAGAUCGGAAAGAAGCGCAAAGGCUCUGAGGUGUCUGUGUGUCUUUAUAACUUUAAACCUGGGUAUGGUGACCUGUUUGGACACCAGCCCUGGUAUUGUCUCUGAAACAUUAGACCAUGUUAAUGUCUGCCUUAUGGUAAUGCCAUGUCAGUCUAUAAAAAUGAUAAGGGCAAAAUCCCAGCAGUCUCAGAUUAAACAAACUUCCCACAUUGAGUAAAACAGACCACGGAGCUCAAAAGCAAAAUUGCUGUUAGUGCAAAAUGCUGGAACACAUGGAAAUAACAUCCUUUACUGUCAUGCACCCCUGCAAACUWCAUGGAAGAUGAGGUUCUUUUUCUACUCUGGUCUUUCUCAGCCCUUUAGAACCAGUCCUGGCUCUCUGUAGCACUUCUCCCUCCUACCUGAAAGAAAUCAUAUUCAAAAUGUAAAAGACUUAGAAAAAAACUGUUGAAUUGGACAGAGCCCUGUCCUCAAGCACCUGGAUUCUUACAGCCUCUUUGUGCCCUGACUUGGUUUUCUAGAUACUAGCAAUGAACUUUUCCUCAGAGGAAGAUGAACUCUGGGGCGAGAUUUGCACAGAAGAACAUCCUGCCUUUUUUUCUUUCCUUUUUGCUUAAUGAGAUAUAGCUGGGGAAARGGCCAAAUCACGAUUCCUCCAUAUGGCAGAAAAUCCUGCAUACUGACUUUUUGGGAUACUUUUGACUGCAAGUCAAAAAUUGCUCGUGCAUUGGCAUAUGGCAACCCUCCUCCCCCAAUCUGCAACCAGGCCCUUGUCCUCUCUGGGGCUUGGGAGCUCCAGGGGGYGUUUUAUAGAGCUGUCACCAGCAUGACUGCUGAUCUCAAUGAGGCAGGAGCUUUCAAGGCAUGUCUUCUGGAGAUUAGGGAGACCUAUGAGUUCUCAGCAGGAUGAGAUUUGCCUGUAAAUUUGGAAAAUGUCAAUAGUACAAAGCAUGUUUUCAGUGGUUUGAAACGACCAAGAGAAGCAGAAACUAUCAAAGUCAUGUCAGAUUCAAGACAGGAGGGUUGUUAUAAUUUUAUAUCUAACAUGUUAAUGGCCUCUUCCUAAUCCUUUGAAGCUCUUCAGUGUAUUCUCAGGCCUUGAGUAAGUAUCUCCUCUCAUCAGUGAGCAGUAGUACCUGUAAAAGCACUUUAAAAUAACUGUCCAUUUGAACUCCUGUCUCCAAAGUGAAGGGGAUUUGGGAUGUGGUAUCUGUUGUCACAGUAUCAUGCCAGGUAUCAAACAGGACAUGACCAGUGUGGCCAACUUCCAUUGUUUGUCAUGGUGUAGUUCCCAGGAGCAUCUUAAAGCCAAAGCCUGAGGAAAAUAUUGGCAAGUGAAUUGUAAAAUGUUAUGAAAUCUUGCCUCAAUCUCCCAGCAAAUCAAAAGGAUCAUAAAGCACAAUAUUUCUGUAAUGACUGUGAAUGUCUAAUGUCACUGUAAAGAGCAUAAUUCAGCUACUGCAGGUUUUUGUUUUUCCCUCUGUCUACCUCAUUUUUAAAAAUCUGUUCUGAAAUCUGACUUAAAUCUAGAUAGUGAAAUGUGACCAUUAUGGGAAAUAAUAAAGAAACUUUGUGAUA